ACAGAAAAGAUGGCGACGCCUUGCAGUGGCGAGCGGCUGCUGGGAACGAAUUCAGCCCCAUCAGAGAGCUGCGGGAAGAAGCUGACGGAUUUACCGACCGAGCUGCUGGAGUACAUCCUGUGUUUCCCUGUGCUGAGCCACAUCGACAUUUCUAACGUGUCCUGCUGCUGCAAACGGCUUCAGGAAGUGUGUCACAGCCGAGGGAAGGUCUGGGGACAUCAGUACAAACUCAGGUGGCCUCGGCUACAGAAACUUUAUCGGCAGAACGAGUCCUAUGAUUGGCAGAAGGAAUUCAGGACCAGGCUCAGGGUCUGUCUCCAGAUCCAGCGAACCGUCGUGUCCAUUUCCAAGAGAUUCUUUGCUGAAGUUCCUUGCGUUGGUCAGGUUUUGGGCGACAGCUUUACAGAAAUCGAGUCUCUCGGUGCGCCUGAACACUUCUGUGAAGACGAGCUCCUGUCUAUUCUCAACUCGGAUAGAAGGAAGAACUUGACGUUGAAGUACUAUGCAAAGAAAAUUCUCUACUUCCUUCGCCAACAGAACAUCCUGAGGAGCCUGAAGGUCUUUCUGGAGCGGCCUCCAGAACAGCAGCCGGCCCUGGAAGGUGCUGUAUUAGUGGAUCAGUAUUGUAAUCCCCUGGCUGAUGUCACCCUGGAGAGUAUUUCUGCUCAGCUGGACGACAUCACAGAGAAAGUGAAGAAAUAUCUACGAGUGAAAAACGCUUCUCAUCCCAGCCUGAGAUCAGCUCAAGGCGAGUGUGUAAUAGUGGAAGACUUUGAGCUCCAGCGCCAGCUCCUCUGUGCCCUCAACGCUGUUCUGUACGACCAGCUGCAGUUUAAAGGCAAUGAAAGCGACUACUACAACCCCAUGAACUCCUACAUACACCAGGUGCUUCUGCAGAAGACAGGAAUUCCCAUCAGUCUCUCUGUGCUCUAUAUGACACUCGCCAGGAAGCUGGGGGUCCGACUGGAGCCCGUCAACUUCCCCAAUCACUUCCUGCUCCGCUGGUGCCAGCGCCGGACGAGCAGUGGCGAUAUCUACGACUACGUUUACAUCGACGCGUUUGGGAAAGGCAAGCAGCUGACGGCGAAAGAGUGCGAGUACCUGAUCCGACAGCAGGUGACGGCGGAUUACUACAGCUCUAUCAGCACCACCGAGCUGCUGCUGCGCAUGGUGGGUAACCUGCUCAACAUCGGCAAGAGGGGAGAAGGCAGUGAGAAGUCGUACCAGCUGCUGAGGGAUUCUCUGGAUCUCUACCUCACCAUCGAUCCUGAUAACGUGCAGUAUCUCCUGCUGCAGGCACGACUCUACUUCCAUCUGGGCAUCUGGCCUGAGAAGGUGCUGGACAUCCUGCAGCACAUCCAGGCGUUGGAUCCGUCUCAGCACGGCGCUGUGGGUUACCUGGUGCAGCACACGCUGGAACACAUCCAGCACAAGAGACACGCCGUCGAGGCCGAGGUGAAGAGACGCAGCGCUCCUGAACACAGCCAAGUGCAGUACUCCGUCGGCCUCAUCAUGAAACACAAGAGGUCGGGUUAUAACUGCGUUGUUUACGGAUGGGAUCCGAAAUGCUCCAUGAGUCCGGAGUGGAUCGCCACAAUGCGAGUGCAUCAGCUGAGCCACGGUGCCAAUCAGCCAUUUUAUAACGUCCUGGUGCAGGACGGCACGUGCAGAUACGCCGCUCAGGAGAAUCUGGAGCCACACUCUGCUCCGUUGGAAAUCAGUCACCCGGAGGUUGGCCGCUAUUUCAGCGAUUUCUCCGACACACACUACACCGCCAACGAAGAGCUGCAGAGCCACUACCCAGAGGACACGGCGGAGACUCAGAGAGCCGUACAGGAGCUCUACAGCUCACACGGCGCCGACUCAGGACACGCCGCAGGGUCCAACACUCACCACGACACCACGGCACCUUAAACACCACCUGCUCCUGUCUCCACACUUUCAUCACUACCCCCCCCCCCCCCCCCACACACACCACCACCACCACCACACACACUCGGAGUCGAGCUCAGAAAUCUCACCACGUCGUGGAGACGAUCCUGAUUUCUGUCAGAACUCAGGCUGGGUUACACACUCGUCCCCAGGAUACGAACUAAUCCCAGGUCAGCACUUCUGAUCCACAGGGUUUUUUUUUUUAAUCUAAACCCUGAUCCUGGAUCAGUCCUGUAGAAUCAUUCAUUCUUCUGUCUCUUCAUCGACAUUGAGCUCGUUUCCCAUCAACCUCCUGAUGCUCAUGCACUGAUGAAUCAAACUUGACCCCUUAAUUUUUUUCUAAUAUAUUUACAAUUAAAUUAAUAGUAAACAAGAGCUUGUGAAAGCUGUCGUGUAAAAGAUGUGAAAUGGCUGUAGAGAACUGAUCACUGAUCAAUAAAAAAAAAAAAAGCUCAAA